AUGAGCCUUUCAUUCUGCGGUAACAACAUUUCUUCCUAUAAUAUCUAUGAUGGUGUGUUACAAAAUCCCUGCUUUGUGGAUGCCCUCAACCUGGUUCCUCAUGUCUUCCUGCUGUUUAUCACUUUCCCAAUAUUGUUCAUUGGGUGGGGGAGUCAAAGCUCGAAGGUACAAAUUCAUCACAACACAUGGCUUCAUUUUCCUGGACACAACCUGAGAUGGAUCCUUACAUUUGCCCUCCUGUUUGUGCAUGUUUGUGAAAUAGCGGAAGGCAUUGUUUCAGAUUCACGGCGGGAGUCGAGGCAUCUCCACCUCUUCAUGCCUGCGGUGAUGGGAUUUGUUGCUACCACCACAUCCAUAGUAUACUAUCAUAACAUUGAAACAUCAAAUUUUCCUAAGUUACUUUUAGCCUUAUUCCUGUAUUGGGUAAUGGCCUUUAUCACAAAAACCAUAAAGCUGGUCAAAUAUUGGCAGUCUGGUUGGGGAAUAUCAGACCUGCGUUUCUGCAUCACAGGCAUAAUGGUCAUUUUGAAUGGACUCUUGAUGGCUGUGGAGAUCAAUGUCAUUCGGGUCAGAAGAUAUGUGUUCUUCGUGAAUCCGCAGAAAGUAAAGCCCCCUGAAGACCUCCAGGAUCUGGGUGUGAGGUUUCUCCAACCAUUCGUGAAUUUACUGUCAAAAGCAACCUAUUGGUGGAUGAAUACACUCAUCAUAUCCGCUCAUAAAAAGCCUAUUGAUCUGAAAGCAAUUGGAAAAUUACCAAUAGCAAUGAGAGCAGUAACAAACUACGUUUGUUUGAAAGAUGCAUAUGAAGAACAAAAGAAAAAAGUGGCAGAUGACCCAAAUCGGACUCCAUCUAUAUGGCUGGCAAUGUACAGAGCUUUUGGGCGACCAAUUCUACUUAGUAGCACGUUUCGUUAUCUUGCUGACUUACUGGGUUUUGCCGGACCUCUCUGUAUUUCUGGAAUAGUUCAGCGUGUAAAUGAAACCCAGAAUGAAACAAAUAAUCCAACAGGAGUAAAAAUCCUCUCAUCAAAGGAAUUUCUUGAAAAUGCUUAUGUUCUAGCAGUUCUUCUGUUCUUGGCUCUUAUUCUGCAAAGGACAUUUUUGCAGGCUUCCUACUAUGUGACCAUUGAGACUGGCAUUAACCUCCGUGGAGCCUUGCUGGCCAUGAUAUAUAAUAAAAUCCUUCGGCUUUCUACAUCUAAUUUAUCUAUGGGUGAGAUGACCCUGGGUCAGAUCAACAAUUUGGUCGCCAUUGAAACCAAUCAGCUCAUGUGGUUCUUGUUCCUGUGUCCCAAUCUAUGGGCCAUGCCUGUUCAGAUCAUCAUGGGAGUGAUUCUGCUCUACAACUUGCUUGGGUCCAGCGCUCUGGUUGGUGCCGCUGUCAUUGUGCUCCUCGCGCCAAUUCAAUACUUCAUCGCUACAAAGUUGGCAGAAGCUCAGAAGAGCACUCUUGAUUAUUCCACUGAGAGACUGAAGAAAACAAAUGAAAUACUGAAAGGCAUCAAACUUCUAAAGCUAUACGCCUGGGAGCACAUCUUUUGCAAGAGUGUGGAAGAGACAAGAAUGAAAGAACUCUCCAGUCUCAAAACCUUUGCUCUUUAUACAUCACUCUCCAUCUUCAUGAACGCGGCAAUUCCCAUAGCAGCUGUUCUUGCUACGUUUGUGACCCACGCAUAUGCCAGCGGGAACAGCCUCAAACCUGCAGAGGCCUUUGCUUCGCUGUCUCUCUUCCACAUCCUGGUCACCCCUCUCUUCCUGCUCUCCACCGUGGUCAGGUUUGCAGUCAAAGCCAUCAUCAGUGUUCAAAAGCUGAAUGAAUUUCUCUUGAGUGAUGAGAUUGGUGAGGACAGCUGGCGAACUGGAGAAGGUUCUCUUCCGUUUGAAUCCUGUAAGAAGCACACUGCAGUCCAGCCAAAAACCAUAAACAGGAAGCAGCCUGGAAGAUAUCACCUGGACAGCUGCGAACCAUCAGCACGGCGUCUGCGCCCCAUGGAGACUGAGGACAUCGCAAUCAAGGUCACAAAUGGGUACUUUUCAUGGGGCAGUGGUUUAGCAACCUUAUCCAAUAUCGAUAUUCGAAUUCCAACAGGUCAGUUAACCAUGAUUGUGGGCCAAGUGGGAUGUGGGAAGUCCUCUCUUCUCCUUGCCAUCCUCGGAGAGAUGCAGACCUUGGAAGGAAAAGUUCACUGGAGCAAUGUAAAUGAAUCUGAACCUUCUUUUGAAGCGACCAGAAGUAGGAACAGGUAUUCUGUGGCUUAUGCAGCUCAAAAGCCUUGGCUAUUAAAUGCUACGGUAGAAGAAAAUAUUACCUUUGGAAGUCCUUUCAACAAGCAAAGGUACAAAGCAGUCACAGACGCAUGUUCUCUUCAACCAGAUAUCGACUUACUACCAUUUGGAGACCAAACUGAAAUUGGAGAGAGGGGCAUCAACCUGAGUGGAGGUCAGAGGCAAAGAAUCUGUGUGGCCCGAGCCCUCUAUCAAAAUACCAACAUUGUCUUCUUGGAUGAUCCAUUUUCUGCCUUGGACAUUCACUUGAGUGAUCACCUAAUGCAGGAAGGAAUUUUGAAAUUUCUCCAAGAUGACAAGAGGACACUUGUUCUUGUGACUCACAAAUUACAAUAUCUAACACAUGCUGACUGGAUCAUAGCCAUGAAAGAUGGGAGUGUUCUAAGAGAAGGGACUUUGAAGGAUAUUCAGACCAAAGAUGUAGAGCUGUAUGAACAUUGGAAAACACUAAUGAAUCGGCAGGAUCAAGAACUAGAAAAGGAUAUGGAAGCUGACCAAACAACUUUAGAGAGGAAAACACUCCGAAGAGCCAUGUAUUCAAGAGAGGCCAAAGCCCAACUGGAGGAUGAAGACGAAGAGGAAGAAGAGGAGGAAGAUGAGGAUGAUAACAUGUCCACGGUAAUGAGGCUGAGGACUAAAAUGCCAUGGAAGACCUGUUGGCGGUAUCUCACUUCUGGAGGAUUCUUCUUGCUCUUCCUGAUGAUUUUCUCUAAGCUUCUGAAACAUUCCGUCAUUGUAGCGAUAGACUACUGGCUGGCCACGUGGACCUCAGAGUAUAGUAUAACCAGUACUGGAAAAACUGAUCAGACCUACUAUGUGGCUGGAUUUAGCAUACUUUGUGGAGCAGGUAUUUUCCUCUGCCUUGUUACAUCUCUCACUGUGGAAUGGAUGGGUCUCACAGCUGCUAAAAAUCUUCACCACAAUCUCCUUAAUAAAAUAAUUCUUGGACCAAUAAGAUUCUUUGAUACCACACCACUGGGACUGAUUCUCAAUCGCUUUUCAGCUGAUACAAAUAUCAUUGAUCAGCAUAUCCCUCCGACUUUGGAAUCUCUAACUCGGUCAACACUGCUCUGUGUGUCUGCAAUUGGCAUGAUUUCUUAUGCCACCCCUGUGUUCCUGGUUGCACUAGUGCCUCUUGGGGUCGCCUUUUAUUUUAUCCAGAAAUACUUCCGAGUGGCCUCUAAGGACCUCCAGGAACUUGAUGACAGUACCCAGCUGCCUCUGCUUUGCCACUUCUCAGAAACUGCUGAAGGGCUCACUACCAUUCGGGCAUUUAGGCAUGAGACCAGAUUUAAGCAACGAAUGCUGGAACUGACAGACACUAACAACAUUGCCUACUUAUUCCUGUCAGCUGCCAACAGAUGGCUGGAGGUCAGAACGGAUUAUCUGGGAGCUUGCAUUGUCCUCACUGCAUCUAUUGCAUCCAUUAGUGGGUCUUCCAAUUCUGGAUUGGUGGGCUUAGGUCUUCUAUAUGCACUUACGAUAACCAAUUAUUUGAAUUGGGUUGUGAGGAACUUGGCCGAUGUGGAGGUCCAGAUGGGCGCAGUGAAGAAAGUGAACAGUUUCCUGACUAUGGAGUCUGAGAACUAUGAAGGCACCAUGGAUCCUUCUCAAGUUCCAGAACAUUGGCCUCAGGAGGGGGAGAUCAAGAUUCAUGAUCUGUGUGUCAGAUAUGAAAAUAACCUAAAGCCUGUUCUUAAGCAUGUAAAGGCUUACAUCAAACCUGGGCAGAAGGUGGGCAUAUGUGGUCGCACUGGCAGUGGGAAGUCAUCAUUAUCUCUGGCUUUCUUCAGAAUGGUGGAUAUAUUUGAUGGAAAGAUUGUCAUUGAUGGGAUAGACAUUUCCAAACUGCCACUGCACACACUACGUUCUAGGCUUUCAAUCAUUCUGCAGGAUCCCAUACUCUUCAGUGGUUCUAUUCGAUUUAACUUAGAUCCAGAAUGCAAAUGCACAGAUGACAGACUCUGGGAAGCUCUUGAAAUUGCUCAGUUGAAGAACAUGGUCAAAUCCCUACCAGGAGGUCUAGAUGCAGUUGUCACUGAAGGUGGGGAGAAUUUUAGCGUUGGACAGAGACAGCUGUUCUGCCUUGCCAGGGCCUUUGUCCGCAAAAGCAGUAUUCUCAUCAUGGAUGAAGCAACAGCUUCCAUUGACAUGGCCACAGAAAACAUUUUGCAGAAAGUGGUCAUGACAGCUUUUGCAGAUCGCACCGUUGUUACAAUAGCUCAUCGGGUUCACACUAUUCUGACGGCAGACCUAGUUAUUGUGAUGAAGCGAGGAAAUAUUUUAGAAUAUGACACUCCAGAAAGUCUCUUGGCCCGGGAAGAUGGAGUAUUCGCUUCUUUUGUUCGUGCAGACAUGUGA